AUGGAACCGACCGGAUCCACGUCCGCUGACGAAAGCCCACCGGGGCCAUCGACAACUCCGGCGGGGUCCCGAAAAUCGUUGCUCAAUGCUUCUGCUGCCGGCGCCGCGUUCCUGGUUCUCGUACAGGUGCUCUCGCGUCUACUCACAUUCGUUAUGAACCAAUUGCUUAUACGUCAUCUAUCCCCGGCGAUACUCGGACAAGCUGCACAGCUGGAACUAUACCUGAUGACUAUUUUAUUCUUCUCGCGAGAGAGCUUGCGCAUGGCCCUACAGCGCCAGGCAGAGGCUAGCGAGGGUACCAUAGACGGAGCCAAGGACAGUGAUGGUAUGAAAUCGGAUCAUUAUAAGGACAAAAUAAUCGAAGGAACAACCCGGGGCCAAGCUCAGACUGUAGUUAAUUCGAGCUACCUUGCCGUCCCCAUCGGUUUCAUGGUUAUCGCUGCUCUGUACCUUCUACAGAUCGGAUAUACCUAUGUCUGGCCGUCAGCAUUUGGUCAAGCGUCUUCGGGGUACUUUCGACUUUCGAUGGGAAUCUACGCCAUUGCUUCACUCCUGGAAUUACUCUCCGAACCUGGAUUUGCGGUCGCGCAGCAAAGACUUCUGUAUGGUCUCCGCGUAGGAUGCGAAUCUAUGGCAGUUAUCUCGAAUUGCGCGGUCACACUAGCAGUUACGCUGUUGGCAUCAAAAUAUGUCAAAUCUACUGUAGUAGAAGCUGAAGGGGGCGUAGAAGGGGAUCUUGAAACUCUUCCGUUCGCAAUUGGACAAGUUGUAUUUUCGCUAUGUUUGGUGGUUGGAUAUCCAUUACGGCUAGGGAAGAUUGCGAAAUUAGAUGGUUGGAGUUUAUUACCCAAGAAGAUACACUCGAGAACAGGACAUGGGUAUUAUUUACACCAACCUACGAUUUCCGUUGCUCGAACAAUGUGGUUCCAAUCCAUCGUGAAGCACUUGUUGACACAGGGCGAUUCGAUACUUGUUACUAGACUUGCUACGACAUACGAACAAGGGAUAUAUGCCUUGGCCGCGAACUAUGGGUCUUUGAUUGCCAGAUUGCUGUUCAAGCCGAUUGAAGAAACUAGUCGGAAUUUGCUGUCGAAGCUGCUGAACACCGAUGGCAUUGAUGAUAGUAAGCCCGGUGAAAAGGGGAAUAUUAAGGGGGGAAAGGACGGCAGCGGUGGGACCAAGGCUCUUACUUCGGAGAGUAUUACAGAGGCACUUACAAUCCUCCACCUAAUUCUCCGGUUCUACAUCAUCCUCUCGAUUUUGAUCGUCACGCUAGGGCCCACUCUUGCGCCGCUAGCACUGCGUAAAGUAGCCGGUUCACGCUGGGCGGAUUCCCCAGCUGCAAUUACGUUAUCGAAUUACUGUUACUACAUCCCGCUCCUCGCCAUCAAUGGGAUCACCGAGGCAUUUGUCCAAAGCGUCGCCACAACUCAAGAUUUAAAACGACAGAGUAUGUGGAUGUUAUGCUUUUCCGGGGUGUUCGGAGCCUCUAGUUGGGGGUUUGUGAAGUACCUUGGUCUCGGCGCUGACGGGCUGGUUUGGGCGAACUGCGUAAAUAUGGGGAUGAGAAUACUGUGGAGCGUCAGUUUCAUCAGAAAAUAUUUUGCAAGUGUAGGGGAUGGGAAAAGACGGCCUGAGGUCGAGAGGAUUAUGCCGGGGAGGUUAUUAGUCACUAUUGCUAUUGGAGUUGGAGCAAUAGCAAGGAGGGCGGUGAGUGAGAGGGGUGUAUUAGCGGAUUAUGUGAAGGGAGCGGGGCUGGCCGGGGUGGUUGGGGUGGUUUGGUAA